AUGACGAUGUCAGAUGCCGCCCAGCCUGUGCUCUGGGGCGAGAACCUCGUCAAGUCGCACGACGGUGCGCGGCGGCAACUCGACGACGCGUCGCUGGUGCUGCGCGAGGGCCAGCGCUGUUGUGUGGUCGGCCACAACGGAUGCGGUAAAAGUACGUUGCUCGAAAUCAUCUCGGGCAGCGACCGGCCCGACGGCGGCGGCGUCCGGCUGAAGCGCGGCGUGAAGGUGACGGCCGUGCCCCAGGAGCCGCUCGUCGCGCCCGAGGACGCCACGAAGACGGUCAGGGACGUGCUCCUGGGCGGGGACGGCGCCGGCGUGGAAGCGGCAAGGGCCUACGCGGCGGCGGCGGCGGCCUACGAGGCAAAGCCGGACGACGUUAAAGUGGCAAAGAGCUUCGAGCGCGCCGCCGACGCGAUGAAUUUACAUGAUGGCUGGGCCGUCGAGGCCGCCGUCGCCACCGCCGCGGCGAAGUUGAAUGUGGAGCACCUCCAGGACCGCCGCGUCGCGGACCUGAGCGGGGGCGAGCGGAAGCGCGUCUCGCUCGCCGGUGCAUUACUGAGUGGGGGCGACAUUUUAGUGCUCGACGAGCCGACGAACCACCUGGAUCUGUGGGCCGUGCGCUGGCUCGAGGAUUUGUUAGUGGGCGACGAGCUCUCGUCGAAGACCCUACUCUUCGUGUCGCACGACCGGACCUUCAGCGAGACCGUGGCGACGUCCAUCGUCGAGCUGGACGGCGGCGCCUUGUAUGAGCACUCAACUUCACAAGGGUCGCUCGUCGAGGCCUACCUCCAGGGCAAGGCGACGCGCCUCGCGGACGCGCGGUCGCAGGCGUCUUCCACCAGAAAGCAGCUCGAGGUCGAGCUCGCGUGGUUGGCGCGCGGCGCGAAGGCGCGCCAGUCCAAGGCCGUGAACCGCAUUGCAAGGGUGGAGGUGCUCAAGAAGGGCGCCGCGGAAGUGGAGGGCCGGGGCGACCUCGGCCUCGCGUCGGGCGCGGCGCGGGGCGACGCGGGGCGGCGCGACGAGACGCGGCGGAAGCGGGUCGUGGUGACCGUCGACGGGCUGGGCGCGGCGUACGGCGACGAGGUCAUUUUUGAAGAUUUCUCGUACGAGAUCGCGCACAACGAUAGGAUCGCCGUCGUCGGCGCGAACGGCGCGGGCAAAUCGACAUUAGUGCGCGCCGUCGUGGCCGCGGCCGCGCGCGAGGGCAAGCUCAUCGGCUGCACGGACGCGGAGCGGAACGCGCUGGUCGAGCACGACGACGACGAGACCAUCGCCCUGGCGACCGUGACCGUGGGCUACUACGCCCAGACGCCCCUGGACGCGCAUGACGAGACGUCGCCCAUGGAUUAUGCGGUGGACGUCGUGUCGCGGCGGCCGGACGCGGCGCGCGCGGCGUCGGACGUGCUCGCCGCGGCGGCGUCGCUGCUGAAGAGCUACCAGAUCGACGGCGCGUCGUGGCAGGCGCCUUUGUCACGAUUGUCGGGCGGCGAGCGGCGGCGGCUCCAGCUCAUGGCCGUGUUGGAUGCUAAUCCCGAUAUCUUAGUGUUGGACGAGCCCUCGAACGACCUGGACCUCGGCGCGCUGCAGUCGCUGGAGCGGUUUCUUACCAAUGAUUUUCGCGGAGCACUUCUCCUUGUCUCACAUGACCGGUCCCUGGUGGACGCGACGUGCGACAAACUGCUCGUUCUCCCGGGCGACGGCUACGUCUCUUCCUUCGCGGGGUCCAUGAGCGAAUACCUGGAGAUCAUCGACGCGGACGACGACGGCUGGGAGGAGGAGGUCGACGUCGACGAGGCGGCGGCCGAGGCCGCGGCGCGCGCAGACCGGCGCGCGGCCGACGACGCGCGGCGCGCCGCGCACAACGCGCCGAAGAAGAUCAAAAUGCUGGAGCCGAAGAUCGAAGCGAAGGAAGCGGCUAUUAUUGAACUCGACGCCGAGCUUACGAGGGCCUCGGCCGACGUCGAGAAGGUUCAAAACCUUUUCGCGGAGAAGACGGCCCUCCAAGCCGAGGUCGACGCCAUGUACGCCGAGUGGGAGGAGCUCGAGGCGCUCGUCGCGGCGGCCGAUGUGACUUAAGUAUCUAG